AUGGCCGCCUCCAGCGAGUUCGCGUCUGCCAUGACCACCCGGUCGCUCCGCAUGGUCCGGACGGAACUGGAAUUUCUUGCCGAUUCCGGUGUGAUCACUCCCCGCCAGCUCUCCUCCAUUCUAUCACAGCUACCCAGCGAUUCCGAGGCCUCUCGAGCGGUGAAUGCAUCAUCGCCGCCCCGACAGCAGGCACAACCUGUGCCUGUUCAGCAUGUUCCAGUGCAAGCACAGCCUCCUCCGGGCCCCUACACACCCUCAUACUCGCCGCCUGUCUCACAGAUGUCCAAUGCGUCACUGAAUGAAAAAGAUACACUGCACAAUCAAUAUGCAACCCCGCCCCCUGCGGCCCCUCCAGCUUAUCCCCAAGUCCCGCCUGUCCUCGGUCUCGCCUCAGCCAUGUACGCAUACACACCUACCGAUGCUGGUGACUUGGCCUUGCAGCCGCAAGAUCGCAUCCAGAUCAUCGAGCACAUGAAUGACGACUGGUGGCGUGGUCGCAACGAGCGCACUGGCCAGGAGGGUAUCUUCCCUCGUAGCUACGUGAACAUUGUGAAUGAGAAGGCUGGUGUUUCUUCGCCUCCGCCUACAAACUAUGGAAACAUGCCUCUUGAUGUCAGCCAGAGUGGACAUUCUGAAAACCCCGAGGACCCAAAGAAGAGCAAGUUCGAGGAAGGAGGCAAGAAGUUCGGAAAGAAACUGGGCAAUGCCGCAAUCUUCGGUGCCGGUGCUACUGUUGGCUCCAACAUCGUGAACAGCAUCUUCUAA